AUGGGCGAGGCUAACAUUCCACUCAGUGCAGCGAGACGCGGCCGUGCGAGAAUUGCACCCAAGCGAACAAAGUUGGACGACGGAGCCCUGCAAGGGACUCAUGGAGUGACGGCGAAGGCCUCGAACUGCCAAAUAAUUCAGCCUCAACCCACCGCACAUCCAGGAUAUGCACGCCUGCCCAACAAUCAGCUGAAGGAUUGGAUAGGCCAGAACCUGGAACAGACAAUGCUCGCAGUUUCAUUAUCCCGACAUGUCCAACCCAUAAGGUUCCCUCUUCCUCCCUUCUGCAUGCUGAAGCAUCAGAUCGACAACUGGUAG